UUGUUGUCCAAACAUUAUUAUUACGGGGGGAAGAAUUUGCUAUACAGUUUUCACGAGCCUUGUCGAUAUUGGAUCCAUACAAAUUCUCUGCGACGCUGCUGCUUCACUCUCUCCCACUGUCGAACUUCGACUUGGAGAGAGAGAGAGAGAGAGAGAGAGAGAGAGAGAGAGAGAGAGAAGAAGAAGAAGAAGAAGAUUGCGAGAAGAAGCUUAUCUAAUGAUGGAUUGUUGAGAUUCGCGCUAAUUUUCUGGGGAGAAUUUCGGAUUUAAUCGAUUGUGUAUAGACUACGUAUCUUACAGCUCCAAGACCGCCAUUGCUGGGGCAAAAAGGAAUCUUGGACUAACGAAAAUGUCGAUGCCACUGCACCGUGGCGCAUCUGGAAUUAGGGUUUCAGGUAGCAGCGAUGAUUUGUGGGACUCCCAAAUGAAGGACAAGAUAGAGAAGGAAGAUUUGAAUCGAAGCCGUUCCAUGGACAACACCUCCUUGGCCUUAAGGUCCCCAUUCGGUUUCCUCUUCAAUAAUCACUCCUCUUCGAAGAACGGAAUCAGCGAAAAUGGUGUCACUUCUGAUCCUUACAGUGGCAGCAACUCUAGGAGUAGACAGAGAUUUAUGCUGCUGUUUCUGAAGAUCAGUUUGGUCGGUAUUGUGGUUGUAGCUCUCACCGGAUCGUUCUUGUGGACGAUUGCCAUUUCCUCCUCGUCCAGAGGUCACAUAUAUCAUAACUACAGGAGAUUACAGGAGCAGCUAGUUUCAGACUUGUUAGAUAUCGGGGAGAUUUCUCUUGGUCCUAAUAGAUGGAAGGAGAUGGAGUUUUGUUCUGAAGAUUCUGAGAAUUACGUGCCUUGCUUUAACGUUUCCGAGAAUCUUGCUCUUGGAUACUCCAAAGGUGAUGAAUUCGAUCGGUUUUGUGGACCCGGGUCAAGGCAGGAUUGUUUAGUAUCGUCACCCGUGAAUUACCGGAUUCCUCUCAGGUGGCCAACUGGCAGAGACGUCAUCUGGUUCGCUAAUGUUAAGAUUACUGCUCAAGAGGUGUUGUCGUCUGGUAGUGUCACAAAGAGGAUGAUGAUGUUGGAAGACGAUCAGAUUUCUUUCCGUUCUGCAUCUUCUAUGUUUGAUGGGGUUGAAGACUAUUCCCAUCAAAUUGCCGAAAUGAUUGGGAUCCAGAAUGAUAAUUUCGCAGAGGCUGGUGUGAGAACUAUCUUAGAUAUCGGAUGUGGGUACGGUAGCUUCGGGGCACAUCUAUUUUCGAAACAGCUCUUAACAAUGUGCAUAGCGAACUACGAAGCCUCGGGUAGCCAGGUUCAGCUAACACUCGAGAGGGGUCUUCCCGCAAUGAUCGGUUCCUUUAUUUCGAAGCAGUUGGCAUACCCUUCACUCUCCUUCGACAUGUUGCAUUGUGCAAGAUGUGGCAUUGAUUGGGACCAGAAAGAUGGACUUCUCCUGAUUGAAGCUGAUAGAGUUCUGAAGCCCGGGGGCUUCUUCGUCUGGACAUCACCUCUCACAAACGGUCGUAACAAAGAGAAUCUAAAAAGAUUGAACUUUGUUCGUAAUUUUGCUCAGAGCCUCUGUUGGGAUCUUUUGUCACAGCAAGACGAGACAAUCGUUUGGAAGAAGACGAGCAAAACCGAUUGCUAUAGUUCCCGGAAGCCCGGGGUAGGACCUCCGGUCUGUAGCAAAGGACAGGAUACGGAAUCUCCGUAUUACCGACCACUUCAGACAUGUAUAGGCGGAACCCGCAGCCGGAGGUGGAUUCCCGUUCAAGCCCGGAGAACGUGGCCUGGCAGGGCUCACCUCAACAAGACCGAACUCUCACUAUAUGGUCUCCACCCUGAAGAUUUUGGCGAGGACAGUGAAAAUUGGAGAUCUACGGUUCGGGAGUACUGGUCUCUGUUGUCUCCUCUCAUAUUCUCGGACCAUCCGAAAAGACCCGGCGAUGAAGACCCGUUGCCGCCCUAUAACAUGGUCAGAAACAUUCUGGACACGAAUGCUCGAUUUGGCAGUUUCAAUUCCGCGUUGCUGGAAGCAGGAAAAUCCGUCUGGGUCAUGAACGUUGUACCCUCUAUCGGACCCAACCACCUCCCGAUGAUACUCGACCGUGGCUUUGUCGGCGUAUUGCACGACUGGUGCGAAGCUUUCCCUACGUACCCGAGAUCGUACGAUAUGGUUCAUGCUGACGGGCUUCUGUCGCUUCAGACAGGACAUCAUCGUCGGAACAGGUGCUCGCUUAUGGAUAUUUUCAUCGAGAUUGAUCGGUUACUUCGCCCAGAGGGUUGGGUGAUAAUCCGAGACACGACACAACUCAUCGAGACAGCAAGAACUAUGGCGACGCGCCUAAAGUGGGAGGCGAGAGUUAUAGAGAUGGCCGGCAGCGGCAGCAGCAGCAGCGAUCAAAGACUUCUCUUCUGUCAGAAGCCUUUCAGCAAGAAGCUAUCAAACUGAAGACGAAGAAGAAAACUAACGUUAAAAAAAACGGGUUUUUUUUUUCUCCUCAGAAGAUUGAUUUUAUUAUCCUCUACACGUAAUAUAUUACGGCAAGAAGAAGAAGAAGGAAGAGGGAAUAUACUGCAGGAGCCGUAAGGCCGGAAUUUUACAGAUGUAUAUUUUUUUUUUCUUUAUUUCAGAUUUUUUUUCUCGGUUUAUAUGGUUUAUACACCAAAAAGGAAGAACAUGAUUCAGAUUUGUGAAGAUGUUUACGAAAUAAAGUAAAAAAGUGUGUAAUUUUCAGUAUCAGCACUGCGAAAUAUUUUCACUUUUUUUUA